AUGGAAAUGGAUAAAAUUGCAGUAGAGGACAACCGUGAUCUUGUAAAGGAAAAACUAAUGCGUAGAGAAGCAGAAAGGCAGCAACUGCUUGAACAAAAAAGGGAAGAAAAGGAACAAAGAUCAACUGGUGAAGAGCUCAGUUACUUUUUUGAUACAUUUGCAGAAAAACAAAAGGAGAUUGAGAACGCUUUAACCGCAGCAGCAGAAGGACUUAUAGAAAAAACCCAAUUGCCAAAUCAUUUUGAUAGGAUUGGAAAGAAUGUGCAGACCCUGCAGCAUUUUUUAUCUUCAUCGACAAUGUUUCUUCGUGUUUAUGAUAUCCGGAAAGCUCAAGAAGCAAUUCUGACUUUGCAGCAAAGAUGUCAGCAACUAGAGCAGCAGUUACUACCAAAGAAAAAAUUUGGUUUUAAAAUUCGAAAGGUGCCUAAUAAGAAAGAUGUAAUAUUCAAUGAAAAAAUAGAAGACACUGUAGAUUCCCAUUCUUCGCCUGUCCACAAGCUGCUUCAGAACAUUAAGGAGAACAAUUGUGGUUUCUCUGGCAGGACUGCUGAAAUUCUCUCUCUUCCUCACGAAAAAAUAUAUAAAAAGGAUGUUGUUCUUUCUAACCUUAAUAGCUGUACUGUGAGACUACCUGGAGCUCCUAAUACAUUGUAUAUUGCUGGCUUGAGCAACUGCAAAAUAAUAACCGGUCCUGUAACAACAUCAGUUUUUAUUGAAAAUUGUUCAGACUGCACAUUUGUUUUGGCAUGUCAACAGUUAAGAGUUCACAGCACAACACACAGUGACUUUUAUCUCCACGUUACAAGUCGAACUAUUAUUGAAGAUACUACGCAUGUCAGGUUUGCUCCCUAUAAUUUAAAAUAUGAAAAUAUGGUGCAUCAUUUCCAGUUAGCAGGUUUAGAUGUAAAUAGAAACAACUGGGAUAUGGUUGAUGAUUUCAAUUGGCUGGCAAGUGAUAAAGCAUCACCAAACUGGUGUAUUAUGAAAGAAAAUGAAUGGAAUAUUGAUUGGAUGUAAUUUUUUAAAAAGUUACUUGUGAAACCUAUAAUUUUGAGAUGGGAUGUUCAUUUAAUAAAAAGCUAUGUAAUUAUUUUCAUUAAAAUGAAUUUGCUCAGUAA